AAGAAGAACAGACCGCGUAUUUUUGAAAAUAACGACCUGCCCAUCGGCUCGACAUAAACCAACAAGAAGUGAAUUUCCACAGCAUAUUUAAACCUGUUAUCAUCAUAUCAUCAUGAUGUCCAUCACUGACCCAAACACAAGUGACCGGUUCACCAAAGCGAUGCAGGAAAUCCACAGCAAACAGCUUCAAGCAUUUGGGAAAAUAACUGACAUGACUACAGAGCUGUGCCAAUCCCACAGACAGUUUGUAAAGUCAGCUCUUGAUACUGGUAUGAAGAAGUGUAAGGAUGAUGAGAUGCUAUUUGAGACGAUACAGACAUUCAGAAAAGAUUUGGAACAAAAAAAUAAGUCACUGAAGGAGAAGCGUCUUGCCAUUUCUGACGUAAUAUCUGAGAUCCAGCAGAAGGAGAUGCAGAAAGAUGAAAUUAUCCAUAAGAUUGAGAAACUCAAGGAAGAACAAGUCAAAAGAAAAGAGUUAAUCGUAUCUCAAAAUAAGGCAAACAAAAACAGACUGAAGAAUCUCCAGAAAUGCAGAGUAAUGUUUCAAGAACAUUUGGCGUUGGAGAUACGAACCAUUCUAGGCAAAACAGAACUGGUCAGAGGUGAAAAGCUGCAGUUUGUUUUUCGGAACAUCAACCCUACCGAUCUGGAGAGUGCCUACAUCGUCACAAUGGGGAUCAAUGCAGAAGGAUCUUACCAGAUUGUGUCAAGUGACCCUGCUCUCAAGUGUUUACCAGACCUGGAAAAGCGGCUUCAGGAGACCAAUAAUCUAGCGGCAUUCCUCGCAAACAUCAGAAAGGAGUUUGUCUCUGUGGCACGUGGCUAAGAUUGGACAGAAGGAGGAUGGUACCAUGAAGUUGUUGCUGUUUUUGGACUUGUGUAAGCAAGAACCACUUCAUGAUCCUCAGCUUUGAAAAUGGACCACAGUCCUGUAAAUAUAUCGUCAACUGCCUGCCAAGACUAAUAUGGACUCAUAAUAGGACUUAAAAAAAUCUGUGUGAGUGUGUGUGCAAUAAGUAAUAAGCUGUAUUAAAAGUUUUGGAAUUUUAACCAA